AUGUCGGCAAAAUACUUCAAAGUCGGGCAGACCAUCGAGCUCAACAACGGUCUACAGGGCGUCAUCAGGUUUGUCGGCCAGACCACCUUCCGCCCGGGCAUCGACUGGAUAGGUGUCGAGCUUCCCACCGCGAAUGGCAAAAACAAUGGCACCGUCGCCGGCGUGCACUACUUCGACUGCGACGACGAGCACGGCAUGUUUGUCCAGCCCUCGGCCAUAGGCGCCAUAAUCAAAGAUGCUCCUGCUCCUGCCCCAGCUCCAACCCCGGCGUCAGCUUCGGCCUCGGCCAAACCCAAACCUGCUGCGGCUACCAGAACCGGCAGGCCGAGUGUAGGCCCGUCGAGGCCGAGCUCCAUCAACGCUGACCCGACUGCUGCCAGAAGAAGAAGCCUGAACGCGCCCAGUCCGAGCCCCGUCAGGUCCCGGCCCUCGAGUAUUGCCCGGUCUCCCACUAGAGCGGAGAGGCCGAACUUGACCACCACCGCAUCCACCACGGCCAACUCUCGGACCGGAACCCCAUCGGCCGCGCCAGCCAGGAAGCUGUCCUCCGCAAGUCGACCGCCGGUUGGAGCAGCCAGAUCGUCCAUGGGCCCUCCCAAUGCACCUGAUCCUUCGAAACGGAGACCUUCAAACGCGGCAUCAGCGGCUGCCACAUCUGCAACGAGACCGACAACCUCGAGGCCGGUUUCUGGCCGCACGUCGUUAGCACCGGCGAGCCGCGGCGGCUUCAAUCGUCCGGCUAACGGCCGGGUACGAUCCACGGACUCAUCUGGGAACGAUAGCCCUGCCAACAGGUCUGCUCUUGUUUCGCCUAACAAGAGUGACGACGAUGUUAGUCCCGUCGCAGCGAGGACUCGGGCACUGAACAGGCUCACGUCUGGUGGCUCGGGCUCUGCAACUGCUACCCCAAGCUCCAGGACAAAGUCAACAACCACUGCUAGACCAUCGCCGGCUGCUAAUAGCACCGCCCUGAGAGAAAAUGAGGAUUUGAAAACGAAACUCAGGAUCUUGGAAUCCAAGAGGUUGGAGGAUAAGGAGCAGCUCAAACAACUGGAGAAACUCCAACAGCAAAUCAGCAGAUACCAGAGUGUGAAUAAGACGGUCGAGGAAAAGUAUAAGAAGGCCACCCAAGAUGCUGCCAAUGCACAGAAGAACCUCGAGGACGCCCAGGAGAGGUUGGCAAAAGUGGACGACAUGGAAGCAGAGCACGAAACAACCAUGGAGCUCUUGCUUCUGGACAAAGAAGUCGCCGAAGAGGAGUCCGAGCACUACAAACUCGAGCUGGAUAGCCUCAAGGCCAGAGUGGAUGAACUUCAGUUGGAAAAUGAAGUCCUCAAACUCGAGAACACCGAGUUCGAACAGAACGUCACGGCUGAAGAGAGAACAAGCGACAACUGGAUUGCCCUGCAGAAGAAGAACGAGCUGUAUUACCAGGCCAUUGUCACCAUCCAUGAGAAGCUCGAAGAGGUGAACGAGAAGACGAGCGAGCAGAUCAAAGGCCUGAAGCAAGACCUCGAGGAGUACGACAACGUCAAACAAGAGUUCCAGAUCGCCAAGGAGAAGUUGGUGGAUGCCGAAACUCGCACCGAACAUCUCAAAGCGCAGCUCGACAAUGCCUUGGGAUCGGAAGAGAUUAUCGAGAAACUCAGCGAGGACAAUGCCGCUCAAAGCGACACCAUUGCCACACUCCGCGAGAACAUCAGAGACCUCGAGGAACUGAAAGAGAUCAGCGACGAGCUCGAGGUUAACCACCUCGAGCAUGAGAAGGAACUCGAAAAGAUCAUCGAGUCCAAAGACAGCAACAUUUUCAGACUGAGCCAACAGCUUACGGACCAGAACAGGGAUAUCGACGACAUGGAGUAUACUAUUGGCAGAUUCAAGGAACUCGUGUCGAACCUGCAAAAGGAUCUGGAGGACAUGCAAGCUUCGAACGCCAUGAACGAAGCCGAGUCCGAGCAGAUCAACAGCAAGUCCAGAGAGCUUCUCGAUCUCAACCAGAAACUACAGAUCAACGCUGCCAAGACCCAGGCCAAGACUAUCGAAUUGGAGCUGGAGCGCAUGCACGCCACCGAAGCCAAGUUACAUCUGGAGAUCGUCACUCUGUUCUUGCCGGAGAGCUACGAACAGGACAAGAACUCCGUUCAGGCACUGCUCAAGUUCAUGCAAAUGGGCGUCAAGACCGACCUCCUUGCCACAUUCGUCAAGGAGCGCAUCGGCGGAAAGGGACAUCCUGGCCAUGAAGACGACAUCUUCACAGGCUGCAAUGCCAUUAACAAGCUCACGUGGGUCUCGUCGAUGUGCAAGCGCUUCGUCAACCAUAUCAACCAUUGUUCUUUGGAGGAAUUCGCUGCAUACGAAGGCGCCACGUGGGAAUUGGCGCCAGUGGACAGCAAGCUCAAUGCAUGGAUUGACAAUCUCCAGAGGGGAGGCGGUGAGCUGCAACUGAAGGACUACGCCGAAGUGCUCUCCCGCUCGAUCAAAUUACUGGAGCAUCUCGCUGAACAGCACAUUUCAGACAACCCGGCAGCUGUGGCAGACAAGAUGCAGAUGCAGACGGUUCUCAUGCAAGGCCACCUGGAAUCAGCAGCAACCACUUUCGUUGCUAUGAAGGAAAUGGUGCAGAAAGCAAUACCGCUCGACGCUGAUAUUGAGAUUGACGAGCCUUGGCAAAGUUUCGAUGCCAAUGUCGAUCACGUCAUCAACCAAACGAGAAGCGCCAAGGUUAUUGUGAGCAAGGCACUUCGCUCCCUCGAGGAUCUCCAGAAGCGAAGCCUUGUGCUCAACCCAGAUGAGGCGGGCACCUUUGAAGAAUCCGCAGAUACGGCUCAGAGACUUGCGGAGAUGGCACAAGCAGUCGCUCUCGCUGUGUACACUCUCACGUCUAACGAGGAUCGUGCCGAGCCUCUCAGGUAUUCCGAUGUCUCAAAGGCUAUCCACCAAAUCGUUCGAGAUGAGUUCCAGGCAGACGAAACCACACUGCUCUCGAAUUAUCGAUCGAGAGCGAAGGCCCUUACGACACAAGUCGCUGAGCUUGCAGCCUUGUGCGCCGAUAUUUCGCAGACUCAAGAAUACGACGGCUCCGAGGCGCCGUGGAAGCUGCGUGCGCAAGAGAUCAGGAAGCUCAAGAUCAAGCCCGUCGACAUUGAAGAAGAGCUGCAAAAAGCCAAGGAUCACUACAAUGAGGCCCGCCUGGCUAUUGCCGUGCGAGACGAGAGCCUGUCUACUUCAGCCCUCCGCAUCGAAACGCUUGAAGCCCGCUACCGCGACUCUCAAGCCAAGGCAUCUCGCAUUACGGAAAUGGAAGCCCAGGUUCUGGCUGCUCAGGACAACAUGGCCAAGCUCAAGGAUGACAUCGAGAAGCAGGACCGCGAGCUCAAGACCCUCGAGUCGGACAGAGACAGUUGGAAGAAGAAGGCGGGCGACAGCCGCGUGAUCAACACGGACGCGACCACCAAGGCCGGGCGCGAACAGGCUGUUGCGACGCAGCGCGAGAUGGACGCUCUGCGUGAUGACAUCUCGAGUCUGCAGGCUGCCGUCCGAUAUCUGCGUGAGGAUAACAGACGUGCAAGAACGACAGAGCAAGCUGCUUAUGACUGGCUGACCGAGCCGCUGAGGAAGCCAACUCCGGUCGCCGAGCAGCGUCGCAAUCUGGUGGCGACCGAAGGGAAAGAUGUCCUGGGCGAACUCCUCAAGCUGGCCGGAAGUGCCAAGGCUUAUAACCUCAAGACUUUGCCGGAAGACAAGCUGGCAUGGCGUCCUUAUCGCUUAACGCCGCAAUCCCAUGCCAAUAUGCAGGCAGAGAAUUAUGCGUCGUGGCAGAGCUGGCGGAGUUCCGUGUUGAGCGACGCGAAGAUCGUGGCGGGUGCGCAUGCCGGAAGGCGUGAAGGCUCCGAGAAGAGAGAGAUUAUGAGGAAGCAAGCCGCGAGACUACGGAUCCAGCUCCCUGACGAGAACGGCAAAGUCGUCCCCGGCCGCGGCGAUGUGCAGAUUGUCGGCAGCAAAGAGUGGGAAGGCCUCCAGGGGCGGUUAGGUGUUGUGUAA